AUGGAGCAGCACUGGGGCUUUGGCCUGGAGGAGCUUUACGGCCUGGCGCUGCGCUUCUACAAAANAAAAGAUGGCAAAGCCUUUCAUCCAACUUAUGAAGAAAAACUGAAGUUCGUGGCACUGCAUAAGCAAGUUCUUUUGGGCCCAUAUAACCCAGACACUUCCCCUGAGGUUGGAUUCUUUGAUGUGUUGGGGAAUGAUAGGAGGAGAGAGUGGGCAGCUCUGGGAAACAUGUCCAAAGAGGAUGCCAUGGUAGAGUUUGUGAAGCUUCUAAAUAGGUGUUGUCCUCUCCUCUCAGCAUAUGUCGCAUCCCACAGAAUAGAGAAGGAAGAAGAAGAAAAGAGAAGAAAGGCGGAGGAGGAGCGAAGGCAGCGUGAAGAGGAAGAGCGAGAGCGGCUACAAAAGGAAGAAGAGAAACGGAAACGAGAGGAGGAAGACAGGCUCAGACGGGAGGAAGAAGAGAGGCGGCGGAUAGAAGAAGAGAGGCUUCGGCUGGAACAGCAAAAGCAGCAGAUAAUGGCAGCUUUAAACUCGCAGACUGCCGUGCAAUUCCAGCAGUAUGCAGCCCAGCAGUAUCCAGGGAACUACGAACAACAGCAGAUUCUCAUCCGCCAGCUGCAGGAGCAGCACUAUCAGCAGUACAUGCAGCAGUUAUAUCAAGUCCAGCUUGCACAGCAACAGGCAGCAUUACAGAAGCAACAAGAAGUAUCGGUGGCCGGAGCGUCGCUGCCUGCAUCAUCAAAGGUGAACUCAGCUGGAGCAAGUGACACACUGUCGGUUAACGGACAGGCCAAAACACACACUGAAAAUUCCGAAAAAGUCCUUUUUGAAUGGACAGACUCUCCAAAUGCUGCUGUCAGUGUGCAUGUCAGUGAGUCCAGUGACGAGGAGGAGGAGGAGGAAGAAAAUGUCAAUUGUGAAGAGAAAGCAAAAAAGAAUGCCAACAAGCCUCUGCUGGAUGAGAUUGUACCUGUAUACCGGCGGGACUGUCAUGAGGAAGUGUAUGCAGGCAGCCACCAGUAUCCAGGGAGGGGAGUCUAUCUCCUCAAGUUUGAUAACUCCUACUCUCUGUGGAGGUCCAAGUCAGUCUACUACAGAGUCUAUUAUACUAGAUAAAGCUGGUGUUAGAGAGUCGGAGUCUAGAGUUGAGCAGAUGACAUUUAAUUUCCUUUGACUUUUGUGACGCAUAGGAGUCAGUGUUUACUUCUCGAUUUUGUUCUGAUGGUUUAUGAACUCUUGUUGAGAACCAAGAUUCCUUGAGACUCUUUAGCAUUAAUGCUCUGAGGUUAAAAGCAGUUCUGAAGACUCAUCUAGCCCUUGGGUGCUGACUAGCAGAGCUGCUAGUGGAUACGGGAGUUACAUGAGCUACGUGUUAAUAUUUAGUCUCCAAAAUAAACUUCCCAGCAUUGCCCUGACCUGGCUGGGGGGUGCAUUGCUGUCUGUUCCAUGUGUUCUGCAGAGCCACAGUUAUGGCUGUAACUGGGAAUGCUUCUGUACUAGUCUACUUCAAUGCAGCUGGCUUUGACUAAGUGCAACAGUUUGAGACUUCACAGAUUAUAGUAGAAAAAGAAAUGACCUCAACUUGAGCUUACCUGAGUAACCAAGGCUGUUUUUGCUUUGGGUAGAGCUAUUUAGUUAGUUGUAUUAGACAGAAUUAUUUUCUGAGAGAAUCUUAAACUUAGAAUAUUCAAACCCAGUAGGUAAUUGACAUGUGGAGAUUCAUAGAAGACCUCAGCACCGUCCUACCGGUCCUUGGACUCUCAGGCCUUUCCUUCCAUUUGACAUUCUCACUUCUGCUAACAGAACAAAACUGGUUGAUUUUAUUUUGAUAUAGUUUUGUGGACCAUCUCAAAUUGAAACUAUUUUCUGUAAAAAAAUAUAGCCAGAAGUUUUAUAAACUCAACUGGCACCUACUGAAC